AUGUACAGACAAGUUUUGGUUCACGAAAACGACAGAAAAAUGCAACGAAUAUUCUGGAGGGACAAUCCUAAUAGCAAAUUAAAAAUUUAUCAAUUAAAUACAGUUACAUACGGAACAGCUUCUGCGCCGUUUUUAGCCAUACGCUGUUUGGAGCAGUUAGCCAGAGAAAACAUAACUAACUAUACAAAGGAAUGCGAAAUUCUCAGAAAUGAUUUCUACGUUGACGAUUUAUUAACUGGAACUGAUAACAUAUCCGAAUUAUUCACUAUUAAAAAUAACCUUUAUAAUCCAACUUUAAACAUCGGUGAACAAACUAUUAAAACUUUAGGUAUAUCUUGGAAUUCGGUAACAGACAGUUUUGAAUUUGACUACAAAAAUAUAAGAAUAAAUCAAAUAGUUAAAUUACAUGGCUUUGCUGACGCAUCAGAGCAAGCUUACGGCGCAUGUAUAUAUGCACGGUCUAUUAACAAAUAUUCUGAAAUCAAAAUCAAACUAAUAGCGGCAAGAUCUCGAGUAGCACCAUUAAAAAAUAUUACACUCCCCCGUCUCGAGCUUUGUGCGGCACAACUGCUAGCAAAUCUUGCGCAAAUAACUAAACGUGCAUUAAAUAUCGCGUUUGACAAAGAAUUCUAUUGGAGCGAUUCCACUAUCACUCUUUCGUGGAUAAGAUCUCCAUCUUAUAAAUGGAAAACCUUCGUUGCCAAUAGAGUUUCUGAUAUUCAAACAAAAACCGACGCAAAUAACUGGCUACAUGUCCGAUCGGAAGACAAUCCAGCGGACCUCAUAUCACGCGGGUGCUAUACACAUGAUUUAUUGAAUUCAUCCUUGUGGUGGGCAGGCCCAUCUUGGCUACAAAAUCUAACUGAAACACAGCGACGUGCAACUGACAAUAUUUCAAUUCCUGAAACUGAUGUCGAAAGUCGAAUCACAAGUUUGACUUGUACAAAAUUUAACAAUAACGAACAUUUUUUCUUAUACUCUUCUCUUAUUAAACUCGUGCGCGUAACUGCUUUUUGUUAUCGAUUUUUACAAAAUUUAAAACUAAAGAAGAAAGAAAAAGAACUACUGUAUGGCCCACUCACGGUCGAUGAAUUCAAUAAUUCACUAAACAAGUUAAUAAAAAUAUCACAAUAUGAAAUAUUCAAACAAGACAUAGAUAUAAUCGCGCGUGGGGAAGCAUUACACAAAUCGUCGAAAUUAAAAUCAUUAACACCGUUUUUAGACAAAAAUGGAAUAUUGCGCGUCGGCGGUAGGAUAAAGAAUUCAAAUUUACCGUAUGAUAAAUGCCAUCCGAUAAUACUACCAAAAAAUCAUCAAUUGACUAUUCUAAUAACUAGGCAUGAGCAUUUAAAACUGUAUCAUUGCGGAGCACAGAUGUUAUUAAAUGCGUUGCGUAAUACUUAUUGGCCUAUCGGAGGCAGAAACCUGACAAGAUCGAUCGUGAAAAAAUGCGUAACAUGUUUUAAGGUAAAACCCACAUUUAUUAAUCCAGUAAUGGGCAAUUUGCCUAAAUAUCGCGUUACACCGCAGUCACCUUUCUUUAUAUGCGGAGUAGAUUACGGAGGUCCUAUCUUAUUAAGAGAUCGUCAAACAAGAGGAUACAAAAAAUUUAAGGCUUACAUAUGUUUGUUCGUGUGCCUUGUUACAAAAGCAAUACAUAUCGAAUUAGUAUCUGAUUUAACUACGAAUAGUUUUUUAGCCACUUUUAAACGAUUUAUGGCGCGACGCGGAAAACCUCGCGAAAUCUAUUCCGAUAAUGGAACAAAUUUUAUAGGCGCAGCAUCAGGAUUAAAGGAGCUUUAUAAAUUUUUGCAAACAAAAUCAAAUCAAAAUAAGAUUGUUAAUGAUAUGACCAACGAAGGCGUGUCAUGGAAGCACAUUCCACAAAACUCUCCUCAUUUUGGAGGAAUUUGGGAGGCGGGCAUAAAGUCGUGCAAGGCUCAUUUAAAGCGAGUAUUGGAUCGAAGCAAUAUUAAACUCGAGACCAAUCUCUCCCUUAAGCUCCGACCCAAUGACUAUGAUCCCUUAACUCCUGGUCACUUUCUUAUUGGAAAAUCCUUAACAUCUACUCCCGAUCCAUCAGUGCUUGAAACCCUUGAUAACAGGCUUUCUCGGUAUCAACGACUACAGAAACUUGUGCAACAUUUUUGGAAGCGUUGGCACAAAGAAUACGUAUCGGAGCUGCAGACAAGAACAAAAUGGCAAGUUCAACCAUCGCAACCAGCUGAGGUAGGCGAUAUGGUAGUGGUCAAAGAAGACAAUUUACCUCCACUACACUGGCGAUUGGGGCGUAUUCUUGACACACAUCCAGGAGAUGAUGGACUUGUGCGUGUUGUGACAAUCAAGACACAAAAUGGUGUACUCAAACGUGCAAUUAAUCGAAUUUGUGUAUUACCAAAAUCAUAG